AUGAGAUGGCUGAUGCAGUCCCCACGCAGUCAGCAAACGGCAAGUACGAGUAGUGGGAGAAGUCCCGCGGUACCGUGGAGGAGGGAGAACCACGGAGUGGCGCGCUCGCGCAUCUUCCCCCUCUACCAAACUCAACGGAGUGAUGAAGAAGAGCUGAAGAAAACGGACCAAGCCAAGGAGGACCAACCAGCGGAUUCAACAGCGGAUACAGCGAGUACAACAGCGGAGUUGGACAGCACAGCGGUCAGCGGGGAAUCCAGAGCCGACGGAGCCGAGGUCGAGGAUUUGGAAGGCAUCAACCGCGGGGACGGUGACAAAGUCCGGAGACAGGAAGCCACGUCCAGGAGUUGGAGUGGUGUCAAAGAUUGA